UCGAUUCAAACGAGAUAUCAAAAAACCCGCAAACGUUGAGUCAUAUCCCGGAGCCGCCUACCACGAUCACUCUGUUUACGAGAUGUUUUCGUUCAUUCGUCGUUCUGCGUUCAUCCGAUGCUAGUCGGGUCGGUUCCAAGGCUACCUUGAUUGGAGUUUUGCUUAUUUUUAGAGAUAAGCUAGUUAAGACUUUAGUUGCCCUGUGAUAUCGUCAUUAUUUUAAGCACGUCCAAAAAUGGGUAAAGAGACUCAUCGGGACUCCACUUCAGCGCGAUACACUUCGCCGCACGAGGCUGACGUGAAAACACUGUGCAAACAAGAGUGUGUGAGAAUCGUCCAUUCAAAAAGGUGUCGCUACGCGCUUAUCCCGCUGGUUUUGUUUUUGACCAUAUUGGUUAUUUACGUGAUAUUCGACUACCCACCUGAACCGCCCCCCUUCUGCGCGACCGCAGCGUGUAUUCGUACCGGGUGGAACCUGAAACAAAGCAUGAAUCUACAGGUAAAACCCUGCGAUGACUUUUACUCGUACGUUUGCGGUGGAAAUUGGACCAAGCCGAGUGAUAAACGGAAGCCCGGCAAUGAGUGGCAGAACCUGUUGGCCGAAAAUGUGUCGCAAUCGGAGCCGAAACCGGUGCAUCAGGCAAAGCAAAUGUUCAACGCGUGCACGGACAGAGGCAAUCGCAUAGUUGAAGGGUACAGCAAGCUUGAAGGGUAUUACAAAAGAUUUGGACUGCCCACGAUUCCAACGGUUUUGAAGCGUUCCGAAGGUUGGGCUGUAGAAGAAGACCUUCCGUUUGACUGGGUUAAUUCUGCAGCUCAAAUAAGGCGCUCACUUGGGCUAAAUGUGUUCAUUGGGAUUGACGCUGCCGACACGAACCAACUUGUUUUGGGAUACCCCGAUCUUCCGAAGGGUUGGGAUUACCCGGCAAGCUACAGACCAAAGAUCGAGCACGUUUCUCAGCUGCUGGAAACUGUUCAAAUAGUGGCAACAAAUAUGGUUCAGGUGGCCGAUGCGAUCAAUCCCAACUGGAACAUUACUGACCGUGAUAAUAAGUUUGAAAAUCUGGGAUACCAAAUUCAAGAUCUGCACCGAUUACUUCCAAAUAAAACAACGACUGCCUCUGCUGACAAUCAAACGAUCAUUAGCGUUCAGGAUCUAGAUCCAAUGCUUCGGCGCUACCUCAACUCACUAUUCACCGACCUACCGGACGCCAAACCAGCCCAAACAGAUCUUCUCCAAAUUUCAAGCUCAAAUCAUCAAUACCUUAAAGAUCUCACAAAAACCUUAGCCAGCCAAGACUCCGACCAAAUCGAGCUGUACAUCUGGGGAGUCGUGUCCACGUUCCUGCUUCGGCACCGAUUCAGCCACGUCGGUCUGGAGUCCGACUGUGCCGACCAGGUUCACCAACUGAUGGGACCGGCAAUCUCCUACAUGGUAAUCGCAGCCAAUAACCCGGAUAACGCGUCCGUUGAGGUUAUGUUGCAACGAGUGCGACCCGAGCUGAAACAGACGAUCUUGGCCAUAGACUGGAUGGACGCACCUUCCAGAAAUGGCUCGUUGACGAUGAUCAACGCUAAGAUUGAAGUUUUGGAGCGUGUUUUGAACGCCUCGAAGCUCGAGCUGUACUACAGAGAGCUUGACGUUGGCGGCAACAACUUGGAGAACUGGAUCAACGGACUUGGGUUCGUUAGUGUAAACAAGCUCAAGUCGUGGCGUUCAACCUCCGGUUCUCAGUGGGAUCCUUCUGCGACAAUCCUACAGAAACCUUUCCGCGAUUUUGGCUUGGACUCCCUUAACCUCGGUUCCCUUGGAGUCUCCUUAAUCAGCGAGCUCUUGUCUGGAUUGGCGAACUCAUCAAGUUGGUCAAACCGCACCAACCAAGCGUACGCACAUCUCGCAACCUGCUCCGAGGACAAUCGGUUCGAGCUGGACGCCGUAGGACUUAUACUGGCGAGGCAAGUAUUUAAACAAACGGAAGAAACGGAGCAACCUCUGCCGGGGGAAUUUUUCACCGCCCAUCAGGCGUUCUUCAUCUCGUACGGAUGGCAAACCUGCAACGGAGACAGGGGCGAGCGGAGCAAAUCGCGGGUGAACAACGUGGUGCGCAAUUUCGAACCGUUCAGCGAGGCGUUCGAAUGUUCGGCCGGAAGUCCGAUGAAUCCGGAAGAGAAGUGCGGUGUCUGGAAUUAGAAUCUAAUUGAAUUUGAGGAGUUACAGGUAAAUUUUAAGUAAAAGGUGAUAUUAUUUUAAAAGAAUUGUUCAAAUUAUAUAAAAAAUA